CUAGUUUGGGAGCCUAUUAGGAGCGGUACGGCUGAGAGACUGGCGGGGCAGGAUACUAUCCGAGGAGGUUGUGUGCAAAAAAAAGGGGAGAAAAGAAACAUUUGGUUUCACGAACAGUACAACCGAACUAGCCUCCGAAUUCACCGUGGAUCUUUCAUGGGUUUCGUAUUUUUAGAAGCGCUACAUCAAACUACCGCUAAGAUUACACAUUUCCCCCAGAUUUCCCCGUCCCGUAAUCAAUAUGUCCAGUAGCCCUAUUAUCAGGGUUCUGGUGGUGCUUUGCAUCGGGACCGCUGUGAACUGUAUGCCGAACAGGAAAAGCAGACGGCAGGCUCAUCAGGGAGAAACCAGAAUUCCUUCGGUAUCAUCCGUCUCUCAAGACGGCUGCAUUGAUAAUGGACAGAUGUAUAACAUUAACGACCAAUGGGAGCGUUCCUAUCUGGGCACGAUGUUGGUCUGCACUUGUCACGGAGUUGCGGGAAUUAAGUGUAAAACAAAACCCGAAGCUGAGGAGACCUGCUAUGAUAAGAUCAACGCCAGGUCUUAUCUGGUUGGUGAGACCUAUGAGAGACCCAAAGAGGGCAUGAUCUGGGAUUGUACAUGCAUUGGCUCUGGCCGGGGGAAAAUCAGCUGCACCAUUGCCAACCGUUGUCAUGAGGGGGGUGAGUCCUAUAAGAUUGGGGACACGUGGAAGAGACCUCAUGACACUGAGAGCUAUAUGCUGGAGUGUGUCUGUCUGGGCAACGGCAAGGGAGAGUGGACCUGUAAACCUGUUGCGGAGCGUUGCUAUGACAACACGGCGGGGACAUCCUACGUGGUGGGUGAAACCUGGGAGAAACCGUACCAGGGCUGGAUGAUCGUAGACUGCACCUGUCUAGGAGAGGGGAGUGGCAGGAUUACCUGUACCUCUAGAAGACACUGA